GUCGAGAUGAACGGGUUUAACUACGAGAUUGAACCAAGUUGUGAUUCAGAUAUUUAUAGCAAAUACAGCGACGGACCUCAGUCGACUUUCCGGCUCCUUCUCCAACCGUUUACACGCUCCUUUCGUGCAUCCUUCAGCCCAGGAUCGCAAGUACUCAUCCUCGUCGGGUACGGUCAGAAUUGGGACGGACUAUCUAGACAUAGGGGUAACAAGGGUGUUGGCGUUACGUAUUCCCUUCCUGCAAGCUGUCAGUGGAACGACACGUAUCGCAGUAUUUUCGAUGGCCUUUCAAAGCAUAAUUCCACGCCUGUCUUUCUCGUAAGGCCAUCUCUUGUUCUUUGUGCAGAUUUGUCCUGGGCUCUCUCUGUUGUCGCUGUCUCGUUCGCGUCCAUACGUGCAAGGCUCAAGGUCCCAAGAUCCUUAUCCCUUUUUUUCUUGCCUCGAAUAUUUGCUCAGGCAUUCCUAUUUGACAUCUUUUGACAAUCCUGACUCCACAAUUCACCUCUUCGCGUUUCCAAGGCUCUCUCUCCUAAAGGAAGGAUUGGUGGGCCAUGAACUGAACUGCACCACCAGACCGAACACAGAGGGGAUUCGGUGAUUACACACGUCUACAGAUGUAAAGAUGAAGAGAAUAUCACUGAGUUGGGGCGUUCCAACAUCGCGGACGCUUUAUCAAACUUCUCUGUCAGCUCCGCAUUGCCAAUGACCUUUGCCGC